AUGGCAUUCACAAACCUCUAUCGUCUGGUGAGACCAACCUUUCGUCACGCUUGGCUCGCGAGGUCGUUCCAUAUAUCCACAAGGAGGAAUGCGCUAACCACAUUUAACCUAUCUGAUAUUGGAGAAGGUAUCUCUGAGGUCGAACUUAUCAAAUGGGAGAAAAAAGUUGGCGAUGAAGUUGAGGAAAUGGAAGCUGUGUGCACUGUACAGAGUGACAAAGCUGCCGUUGAGAUUACAAGUAGAUAUACCGGGAUAGUAAAACACCUCUAUGUCGCCGAAGGAGACAUCAUCAAAAUUGGCAAACCAUUGAUGGACAUUGAAACCGAGGACCAGGUACAACUAGAAGUCAAGGAGGAGCCAGUUAAGAACAAGUUUGAACCAAACACUCCAAAGGUUGAGGAAAAGUCAUUCCACAAGCCACAGGCCACUGGUGUUGUCGCACCACCAGCUGUAAAGAAACGCGCAAAGGAACUCGGUGUCGACUUGGCCUUGGUCACUCCAACCGGUUCUCAAGGACAAGUCACAAUGAAGGACUUGGAAGACUUUGCAUCACAGGACGCAUCUGCCACAAAGGUAAAACUUGAUGGUAUUGGUUCCGCUAUGGUGAAGUCUAUGGUAGCUUCAUUGGAGGUUCCACAUGUUACUGUUGGUGAUGAUUUGGAUAUGACAAACUUGUUGGAUGUAUAUCGUAAGAGGAGGGCUUCAGAUCAGACCGUUCGUAUAACCGCGACCCCGUAUCUGAUUAAGGCAGUAUCUCUAGCACUCUCCAAGGUUCCCAUAAUGAAUACCAAGUUUAGUGGGGAUGGAUACUUGCAAUUUAAGGAACAUAACAUCUCUGUAGCCAUUGCGAGUCCACACGGCCUAUUGGUUCCUAAUGUAAAGAAUGUACAAGAUUUGUCCAUCAGAGAUAUCCAGAAGGAACUUACAAGACUUCAGGCUGCUGCAAAUGAAAAGAAACUCACCGGUGAUGAUAUUAAGGGAGGAACAUGUACAUUGAGUAAUCUAGGUGCUAUUGGCGGCACCUUCGUAGCCGCAAGGCUCUUUGAUGGGCAGGCAUGCAUCAUUGCACUUGGAGCUUCAAAACUAAGACCAGAGUAUGUUAAGGACGGAUCUGACUUGAAGAUUGAACCAAGGUCUAUAGCACCUGUGGGUAUUACAGCUGACCAUAGACACAUUGAUGGAGCUACAAUUGCAAAAUUCGCAGCAGAACUCAAGUCUAUCAUAGCAAAUGCUCACGAACUCGAUAAACAUUUCUAG